AUGAGGUCUAUUCUCCUCUGCGCACUCUCCUUAGUUGUCGCACUCGUCGCGGCGCGGGACGGGUGCUACGGCACCAAGGACGUGUACGAGACGCUCGUGAUUUCAAGCGGGUCGGGGUCGCCCGACUGCGUCACCAAGAGCAAGCUUCUCUUGGUGAACGGGUCGUUCACGGGCCCGACGCUGACCAUGUACAAAGGCGACAAGCUCCACUUGACGAUCGUCAACCAACUCGACUCGAUGUUCUCGAUGCACAUCCACGGCGCGACCCAGUUUGGAACGCCCUUCUCGGACGGCGCCGCCGGCAUCAACGCGAUUCCGAUGGGACCCCACUCGACCGUGACGCGUUCGACCAUCAUGUACGAGGCCGGCACGUUCUUUUACCACGCGCACCUCAAGCUCAUGGACAUGCACGUCUACGGCGCACUCAUCGUCAAGGAGCAUGGCGAGGAGUACGACGACCUCGUCGUCAUGCUCUCCGACUAUUGGCACGCCGACCUCGACGCGCUGCAUUAUGGUCUCCUCGAAGCGCCGGCCUUUCAAUUCGUCGGUCUUCCUCAGUCGUUCUUGACCAAUGGCCGUGGCAACGUGGGCAACUGCUCGGCGGGGGCCGACACGAGCUACACGACGCUGCGUGUCAAGCCUCGGACGACAUACCGGCUGCGCAUCAUUGGCGGCACGUCGCUCUUUGGCGUGCAUUUCCGCAUCCCCCAGCACAAGCUCACGGUUGUCGAGAUCGAAGGCACCAAGGUCGUGCCCAAAGCUGUCGACUACGUCGAGGUGCUGCCGGGUCAGCGCUACACGGCGCUCCUCAACACCGACCAGCCCAUCGACAAUUACUUUAUGCAGAUCGAUGGCCGGUGGCGCGGCGGCGCCCCCGCAACGGCCUCUCGCUCGGCGACACCACCGUCGACGCUGCUCCCGUAUGUGACCGAGACGGUCAACUUUAUGGAGCAGUUUGAACCGACGACCAACUUGAACAUGCCGACGACGGCGGACCUCACGGUGCACCUCCAAGGCAAGCAGAUUGCGUUUGGUGCAGAUGGGAAGCAGCGCCGGUGGGCCAUGAACAACAUUACGUACGUCAAGCAAAUGAAGACAAGCGUCCUUGAAGCUGUCAUCGCCAACCAGCUCGGCGCGCUCCCCGACAACUCGCGGCCGUCGAUAAGCAUCAAGAAAGGCCAGGUCGUCGACGUCGUGCUGGAGAAUGCGGUUGCGCUCAAUGGUGUCUGCGAGAUGCACCCGUGGCACCUCCACGGCCACAGCUUUUGGGUCGUCGGUGCCGGCGCCGGUGCGUACGAUGCGGCUGCGCCCCUUUCUACGAAGCCUUUCAAGCGCGACGUCGUCGGUGUGUACCCGUACCACGCCGCGUACAACCAGCCGCUGGGCACCGCGGGCGCGCCGUGCGGCUGGACGCGCAUUCGGUUCGUCGCUGACAACGUUGGCGUCUGGCCGCUCCACUGCCACGUGGCGUCGCAUUUUGACAUGGGCAUGGCCACGGUAUUUGUCGUUGGCGAAGACGACCUUCACAACCCCGAGAUUGUCGCCGCACUACGUGCUGCGUCGGCAUAA